AUUAUGAAUAAGUUACCCGUCUGGGUUGGGUUUUGUGCCAAUGUUAGGAGCUUUAGAUAAGAUAAAUCUACCCCGCUAUCAGCCCCAGGCAGCUCUUGCCGCCUCAUCGUCAUCAUCCCAUAACCCAAUCGCUAGCCUAACCUGAGCUGCCUAAAACAUACUUUAAAACCUUAACUCUUUUCCAACUCUGAAGAUAUUUCGCUGGUCGCUGGUACGCCUUGAGAAAUCAUAUCUGAUAACAACUGCGUCGUAUUUCAACGUCCCAUUAACACCACUUCAACUCCCUGCGUCACUUCAACGUCAACAUCAACAUCACCUUGCAACAUUUAUACAGCUCGACAACUAUAUAACCCGCCACCAUGGCAUCAGACCCCUUGAGCGUUGAGAGCAUCAUCGGCCAUAUGGCUGAGGCCCUUCCAAUACAUGAGCAGGGCGAUACAGCUUCAGACCUCAGCUCCUCAUAUGAAGCCAUCGCACUCUUCGCCCACGCUUGCAUGACAGCCGUAGGCUUCCGCAUUCUCGGCUUCUCAGAAGGCCAAAAAAUAGAAUCCGAGCUGGCCGCCGUCGCCCCGCGUCUCUCGCCACGGUGGAACGACUCCUACGGCUCCUACUCCUUCCUCUACGCCCACUCCCAAUCCUCCCUCCAAUAUGUCGUCAAAGUCGACCGACUCGGUGGCAAAGCCGAAAUCCGCGGCCUCGGCCUCGGUGAUGAGCGCAUCACCCGCUUCGAAAUCGUCGCCAAAGACUACAUCUCCUCCUCCGCUCUCCCUUUGCGCAUCCCCUUCACCGCCGCAGGCAUCGAAGACCGCGACGACCUCCCCCGUAAACUCAAAGAGAUCUUCAUCUCCGAGUCCCGCAUCAAAGACCUCGCCUCCAUCUUCAAAACAACAGUCAUCCAGAAGCUCAUCCCGGGCCUCAACAAAGAAGGCUACGAGGACACUUCGGCGCGCCAACAGUCACAGGAUGACAGAGAAGAGGCCUACGCACGGCGCAACCCCCGCGAGGACCCGCUCACUGACCCCGGUCUUCCCGAACCCGCGCGCCCUUACCCCUUCCCGCUCCGCGACCCCCUUAAUCCGCCACCGCGGGGUCCCGUUCCCGAUUUCCCACCGCCGGGGUUCGAGGAUGAGUAUGAGCUCCAGCGUCCACCACGAGGGAUGGGCGCCGCGUACCCCGGCGGUGGAAGGAGUCCGUAUGGGAUCGGUGGGGAUGAUUUGAACCCCCCAGGUCUUGGGCCACAUGAUCCGCUCCGGGGAAGCUUUAUCCCUGGGGGAAGGCCGGGGGGGUUUGGAGGUAUGCAUCCGACGUUUGAUGAUCCGUUGUUUGCAGGGAGGAGGAGUGGAGAGGGAGGUGGGUUUGAUCCCCAGGCGCCGGAUGGGGCGAGGUGGGAUCCUAUUGGGCCUGAGGAGGGGCCGAGGGAUCGGAUGGGGAGGGGGAGGGGAGGUGGUGGGUUCCCUGGUGGAGGUGGUGGCCAUCAGGGAGGGCCAGGGGGGAAUGAGAGGCCACCGAAUCCGUUUGGAGGGUUUGGGAAUAAUGAUUUCAUCUGAGUUGUGAGAAGAGGGGGAUGGUGUAGGGAGUUACGUUAAGUAAGGGGUAGUGUAAUGAUAACUUAUCAAAUAAUGACAAUAAGUAUCCAAUUUCCCCUCCAACAAAUAACCAGCCAUAUAAUCCCACGAGAACAAGCUAUUGGGAGACAGCACUAGCUUCGUUAGACCGCUGAUCAAGUCCAGCCCCUUCUUCCUUUUCUGCCUCCUCCAGUGCCUCAGCUGCAGAGACGUCGCAGCUUCGAGUCAUGAGAUAAUCACGUGAUCUAUUUACACAGAUGUCUCGCCACCCACUUCCCCGUCUCGACGCACCACCGAACGGAAGCUUCUUUAGUGGAUCCACGCCGCCGAGACCCCUUAUCGAUAUCGAUCGCGCGCGCACGCCACCGGGCAAGAAAAAGGCGUGGGAAAAUCUGGGGUAAGAGCGAUCGAUGGAUGGGGCGAUGUACAGACAGUGCUUUUGAGAAGCGAGGGAGAGUGGAUUUGGGGGAGUUUACUGUGAGCAGGGGUUCAGUUCACUCCUGAGGGCUGGUGGACUUAUGACGGUUGUGUGAGGUUUGGAGGGCGGUGGUGUUUGUGUUUUUUCAGCUCGUGGGAGGGUGCAUGAGGCUGUGUUUUGUGUGAUGUUGUUGGUCUGGUAGGAUGGGAGGCGGUGGGUAGAUGUAGAGUACCAUUGUUUGACAGAGAAUAUGUAUCUGUGAGGCGGUGGGAAGGGGAAAGAUAAUGCCGGGAUGUAGUCGUCCUUUUUUUUUUUGUCGGAGAUACUUCAAGUAAGAGCCGGCAGUAGGAUCCGAGAUGGAGUGGUGCAAUUACUCGUGUCUUCUCGUGCUGUUAUUGUUUCCUAGAACGUUUCCCAGAUAUGAGAAAUGAUAGGGCGG